AUGUCCGUCGUUCAGCCAAUCAAUCCAAAGCCGUUCCUCAACAGUCUCACCGGAAAGCCGGUCGUGUGCAAGCUCAAGUGGGGAAUGGAGUACAAAGGAAUCCUCGUCGCCGUCGACUCAUACAUGAACCUUCAACUCGCUCACGCCGAGGAGUACAUCGACGGAAACAAUACAGGAAAUCUCGGAGAGAUUCUCAUCAGAUGCAACAAUGUUCUCUACGUGGGCGGAGUCGACGGAGAAUCCGGAGAAACGAGUGCCUAA